AUUCUAUCCAAGUAAAGAUUAACCUCUACAACACUCUCACCGUCACCCCUCACGCAACUAUAUAUCUAUAUCUAUCUCUAUAUAUAUAUUCACACCCUUAAUUGUACUCUUCACUCCUAUCACUCAAACAAAAACCCAAACAAAUGGCACUCGAAACUCUCAACACAACCACACCACCACAACCGCCGCCACAACAACCGUCUUUCCACCGUCACACCACCACCCCCGUCCAAGAUUCUUCCAUCAAAGGCAAACGAUCUAAACGACCAAGAACCAACUUAAACGACAACCAGCUAAUUAUGCCUGAAAAACCAACUGAAGAAGAAUACUUAGCUUUUUGCUUAAUGUUAUUAGCCCGCGGCAGCCCAUCCGCCGCCGCCGUCACAAUUCCGACGACGACCCAAGACAACAAUUCUCACAAGUGUAGCGUGUGUAACAAGGAAUUCCAAUCUUAUCAAGCAUUAGGUGGUCAUAAAGCUAGUCACCGGAAAAACACCCCAGAUCAUGACAACCACCAUUCCGCCACCGUAAGUCCACCGUCAAAUUCAUCGGUUUUGAAACCAAGUGGUCGAGCCCAUGAAUGUUCUAUAUGUCACAGAAGUUUUCCGACCGGUCAAGCGUUAGGUGGUCAUAAAAGGAGACAUUACGAUGGUACCCCUGGAAGCGCCGCCACGAAUUCCGACGGCGGCGCCACCACCACGUCAAGUCAAAGCCACCAGCCGCGUGGAUUUGACCUCAAUUUGCCUGCUUUUCCUGACUUCCAAAUGGGGUUGAGCGUUGACUGUGGGAAGAAAAGUCAACUAUUGACUACUGAUGAACAAGAAGUUGAAAGUCCAUUGCCUACAAAGAAACCGCGUUUAUCUAAUUAUAUCGCCGAUUAAUUGUCUCUACAAAAGUUCAUAAUACGAAAAUAUGGCAUCAUCAUUAAAUUCAUUUAUUGUAUUUUUUUUAUUUUGAAUUAUAUACUUUUUUUUUUUUAAUUAAAGAUUGAAUUAGAAUAGAAAGAAUAGAAUAGAUGGAUGUUGUACAUAGAAAAUAGAAUUUCUUGUGUCAUGUUCAUUUAGUUGCUAGUACUAUACAGUUGAUUUGAUUCAUUGACAUUAAUAUAUAUGAAAUGUGAUCUUAUUUUA